AUGUGGCUGAGGAAAGUCACAAUCCUGCUGCUGCUGGUGCUCGGUUCCGGCGCAGUCACCGUCCAGCAGGAUCCCGGCUCGAAUGGUCCCACUACCAUCACCAACACCGAUCCGGACGCCGUGUACCGGGUGCCGUGCGGUUCAACGCUUCCGUUUGUGUUCGGUCGCUCUGCGAACGGGCGUCAGCUGUAUCUGCUGGAUGGAACCGGGCUGUAUCGCAUCGCGGCCGGCUCGCAGGCCCAGCUUGACAUUGACAAGACACUUAUCAGCUCUCUGCCUAAGCGGUACGAGGAAGCUCUCACUCUGCAGCUACUCGACAUCAAGCUGGGCGGUACGGAGCAUGUCCUUUUCGUCGUAACCACCGACCAGUGGCACAAUGUGUUCCUGGCGCACCGAAAUCCACCCACGGAAGGGACCAGCGCCCAGCCGAUACAGCGCAUCAAGUACACGGGCAGCUCGUCCAAAGCCAGACUGCUGGAAUGCAACGGCAGUAUUUACCUCGUGACGAUCGUCACCAACGUCAGCACCGGCAAGAUCCGCGUCUACCGUUGGCAACAGUCGUACUUUUCGCUGGAAAGCACCAAGGAGGUGCUCUCGAUCGACGAUGUACGGUGCCACUGUCCGAGUACGCUGCUACUCCUGGUCCUAGACUACGCCCCGCUGCCGGAACGCUCGCUGAACCAUGUCCUGCUGCUGGAUAGCGCCGAGCGUCCGGUCAAGGUGCAGGAGAUGUUCUUCCUGCACAGCACGUUACCAUCGUUCACGCUCGACGGCGAGCUCUACCUGAUACGGCAUGUUAGCAGAGACAAGUCCUACCUUUACCAGUGGAGUGCCGAAUCCCGGUUCGUUCGAUUGCGCAAGCUUCCCAACAACCAGGAACAGAUCACGUCCAUCACACACUGGGGCAGCACGUUGGCGGUCGCUUUCGACGGCACUGUUCGGCUAUACGGCAGCAGCAAGGAGGAUUUGUUACGUGUCGAAUCAACGUUCGCGUUGCGUGGUUUGAACACCUCGGAGGCGUUAACGCGGCUGACGGUUGGUGCUCCCGGGAGCGGGAAACUCCGCCGGUUGUACGGGUUGCGUGCGAAAAGCGGGACAGAGUUGACACUGGCCACAGAAUUCUACUGUCCACCGGCAGGCGAACCCGGUUCCAGUACGGCCUUGCUAAUACAUCAACUUAGCAUAUUGAGCGUAGCCCGCUCGGCAGAAGAAUCGGCCCAAGAGCACGGCUUCCAGACACUCAACGGCUGCCUGCAUCGGUUGAAGCUGGAGUCGAACGAGCGCAAGAAAUGGAUCGAUCUCAUCCGGCUGCAGUUGUCGCGCAAGAAUCUGCUGCUGGACAGCGUCUCCCAGCCCGCCGGUACGAUGGCAUUACACCCGACCGUGCAAUUGGGCAGCGUAACGCUUGCGCACGAAGAACCGAACCUGCUGCCACCCUCGCGAACCGUACUGAAUGGUCAGUCCUUGUUGCUGCGCCAUCACCGUGUUGCGACGGAUCUUAACCGCGUGCUGUUGCUGAACCGCGCACGCACCGAAAUUCAGGGUGAUCUGCACGUUGCCGGUGACGUGCGGACACGUUGCUCGAAGAUCCGCGCGGUUAACGCACUGGAGGAGCUCAGGAAGGGCCACCGGCAACGGCGUUCCAUCGUGCGCGUGAUGACCCGGACGCCAUAUCGCGUGCUAAGGGCACGGGAAGUCAUAACCGACUCGACACUGAGCAAGCGAUUUUUGCUACGCUCGCGUAUGAAUGUCCUGCCCGGAACGGUGCAGCUAAACGAGCUGACAACGACAACGGUGCGGUUGGAGCAGGGCCGCAUCAAUCACCUACCGGUGCCCACUCGCCGGAUGCUAGAGGACAGCGCGAAACACGGCUACCGUGGUCACAAAGUGUUCCGGAGCAUCCGGACGUUCCGAUUGCAGACACACCACCUCAACGGGCAACCGCUCGCAAUGCCAAUCAUCGAGUCGGGGUUGGAAUACGCCAACCAUGGCAUCACCAUCAAGACGGACCUUUGCCGGACGCGCAAUCUGCUGGUACGGGACACCUUCAACGGUCUUCCGGUGAGGCGGUUCGCGAACCAGUUGCAACGCACGCUGCACGUGAAAGGCAACGUGCGAUUAGCCGGACCGGUCUGUGUGAAACACCUGCAGUACGAUUACACGCUGAAUGAUGUGCCCAAAGGCGGCCUGCUGGACAGGAUCACAAACCAAACCAUCACCGGGUCCGUGUUCGUGAGUAAAGGGUUCACCCAUAACCUACAGGUGAGCCGUAUCAACGGGGAGUUGCUGGAAAAUUAUGCCUCUAUUUCGCAAGGCACCCGGCAAGCUGUAACGAUUCAAGCUCCAGUUCGGGCAAGUAAAAUGAUCAUCCUCGGUGAUCUGCGGGCGAAUCACGAAGAGCAGCAGUUUGCACCGUACAUCGGCACCAAGCCGGGUGAUUUGCGGCAACUGUAUACGGGCAGACUGGUGCUCAAUGGCACCCUGCGACUGAAGGUGGCCAACGUAAACGUACCGAACAUCACGCUCAUGGGGCAGACUGUGGCGAGCAAGCUCUAUCAGCGCUUUUUACUCCGCACAGAGCGGCAGGUGCUGCACCAACCGGUCGUGUAUCAUGCCGCACAGUUCCAGUACCUGUUCGCGAACGCGUUAGGCGGGGUCGCCCUGUGGCAGUUUAGUUUGACCGGCCGAAACUGGCAGAAUGACAUCUACCUGCAGGAUGGCACCGUGCGAGGCCACAUCCGGCCAGCGCGGAUCUCCAAGCGACUGCACUCGAUGCAGCAAGACCGUGUCGAUGUUGCGGCUCAUGUGCGUGUGUGUGAUGUGAAGUGUGUGUUUACGGGCAGGCUGCAGGUGACACAUCUACACACCCGUACGUUUGGUGGAAGGCUCGAUCCGGAUGUGCUGUGGCGCAAGGAUACCCACCUUGGACCAGCUAGGAUGGCACCAGCGUUGCUGCUAGGACGCACCGAACUGCACCACAGUGUCCUGCGGAUGUCGCAGGGUGCGCUUCAGGCGGGCAGCAUUAACGGACACUCGAGCCACGAGCUGGCGGAAAUGGCCAAACCCCCACGGCGUCGUUACCGCACGCUAGCGCUUGCAAACCUCCGCGCGUCAAGCGUUAACAUUCGGCAGUCGGCGAAUCUGGCCCUUGGCAAGCUGCUGCAGCGAUUUGCGGCCUCCACGCAACACCAGGACCACGGGAAGGUGCCGUCGUACGCCAGGAUCGUGUCCCCGGAGCGCACCCAGCACAUCCCGGUCGCUUCCGUUGGAAGCGUAAACUUUUGUCCCGUGCAGCGAUUGCUGCAGGACACCGUGCUGAAAGCUUCCCCAACCCCAAGCCGCCCGAUCACGGGGUAUAAACGCGUGCAGGGUGCUGUCCGCGUCUCACGCCAACUCGCUACCGCUCGUAUCGAUGGCCACGAUGCGGGGCUACUGGAGCGUAUCGUCACACGCGGUUCAGAGACCGCUCCACAAAGCGUCGAUGCCCGGUGGUAUUUCGGAAUGGCCUCAUCUAGCUUUCUGACGGCGAAGCUGCUGAAUGGUGCACCGGUCGCGCGAUUAGCACUCCACUCCGACCGGCCACUCGCGUUGCAGGGUGAGCUGCUGAUCGAUCGAUUGGAAGUGGCCUCGAUUGGGCUACCGGAGCGUCCAAGUUGGCUGUUUGACCCACAAGCGGCUGCCCCGGUACGUUUGCCACAAAGCAUUUCCCGGUUGCGCUGUCUCGGCACCCUGCAUGGUGGCAAAUACCGUGAUCCGGUCCAUCCACUCCACGAGCUGCUGUUGGCACCAUCGCUCGAGCAAACACGCACCGUUACGAGUGGUGUCCUUUUCGGUACGUCGGCCAUUCACCUCGGGAACUGCUCCACGGUCGGUGGGCCUACCGAAAUCGAGCGCGUUGCCCGGAACUGUCUCCGGCGGGAUGUGAAUGCGGCUUUGCGAUCCGUCACGGUGUUCCGGCAGGAUACGCGGUUCCUUGGGGACGCUGUGCCGUUUGCAGGACAUCUGCACGUUGCCGAUACUGGCCGACUCGUGGCGUACACCAUCGCUGGAGUACCUGUGCUGCAACGGCUCGGUCCACAGGCCGAUCUUUUCCUGUUGCCACGCUCUGGCACCGUCCGGAAUGAGCCCAUUCGUGGCGUGAAACGGUUCCCGGGUGGAUUGGCCACCGUGCGGAACAUGACGCUGGUGUCGUCUGGGGAGAGUAGUUUCUGGGAUCAGUUGACGUUCUGUGCCGAUCCGAACCAUCCGUGUGCGGUAUCCCUGAUUUUCGGUCAACCCGUCACCGUGGCAACGUCGCUGACCGCUAGCCAGCUAAACCAUGUCCCGUUGGAUGGAUUUUUCCACGCGUUCGCCAAACGUCGCUCUGUUCCAGCCCAACCUGCAAGUCUGCGUCCCAUUCAGGACUUUCCUGGCAUGCUGACCGUGUCCGCACUCCAACUCACUGGCACCGGUACGAUCCUGCACCAUAUCAAUGGCCUUCCGCUCGAGGAGUUGGUUCUGGGUGCGACCACAAAUGCAUCCCACCAAGCCGUGCCAGGUGCUAAAAUCUUCCGGGCCUUACACAUCGAUGGACCGCUCGCUCUGCAGCAGUUGAAUACCCGCCCGCUGGCGCAGGUGAAACGAGCCUCGUUGGAACCGAUGGCUAAUCCGUCGCAACUCGAAGCGGUUAUUUUCAACCGACCGGUGACACUAACUGCGUUGCACACACGCACACUCUACCAUAGUCCUACGGCGUCCAGCCGGCUGGCAACUCCCGCCACUGUGGCCUUCCCGGUGAUCCACCCUCAGCGGCCAGCGGUAGCACAAGGACGAACUUCCGAUGCCCGAGCGAUGGCACGACGAGGACGACGACCUCCCACCAACGAGGCCAAACUACCUCCCACCAACGAGGUGACACUACCGGGAGGGGAAACCAUCCGCCUGCAUUGUCCAUCCGACCACCGAGCCCUCGUUGUCGAGGUGCGUGCUCUUCCACCAAACCGUAUCACCGAACGGCGGCUCCAUGAGUUGCCGAAAACGACGGGAUGUCUCCGGAUAGCCGGGCUACUUGCCUUCAAUCGUACCACGCUUGCAUUUCUGCUGUGGAAUGCGGAUCCGUUCGGGAGACCCGAGGAGAGCACACCCUACCUUUACGAUGUCGGUCGGGGUCACCUAUCCGCGGUCGGGAUGCCCACAUCCCGGGACACUACGUGCCGACACGUGGCCUUACUCCGGCCGGCACCGGACGAGCUGAUGAUGGCCACGGCUGGGUGUGCGGCGGGUGGUGUACGCAUCUUCCGGUUCGAGACGCGCCUGCGCCUGCGCCACUUCCAAACGAUCGAUUUCACUGCGCCGGUUUCCGCUAUGAUCCCGACGGAUGAUGCCACCAUUUUGCAGCUGCAGGACGCCGCCUCUCAUCGGCACCGUUACGCAUACAGCUCCGUUACGGGCUGGACGCGCGAGGACGAGCAGAUGGGUGUGAGACCGUAA